AUGCUUGUAUCCCCCCCUUUUCUUAUCGCAGAUGCGCAUGACGCUUCUCUCACCUCCCUGCUGCCCGUCACGCGCCGCUACCUCUCGCGCCGCGCCAGCGUUGUCAUGCACCACGUGCAACCCGCUGAGGGGUCGAUGUGGCGAGGUUCAGACAUAUCUCGUAGAAGCAGCGCGUCAGCAACAUGGACCGCCAUGGCGGGGCUGGUCUCCAUCCUCGGCCUCUCCGUGGCUGCUGACAUGCAAACCACUGCACUCAUCCCCCAUGGGGUGCAGCCUGCAGGUGGAUUGGGAAGCGUUACUCGGGACUCUUAUUGCCCCAUGGCUCUUCGCCUCUACUCAGAGCUCAGCUUGGAAUCUAGCCCCCAUCAGAAGUGCCUUAGCAUGAAAGGUGAUCAGGUGCUGCUGCCUUGGUUCGCAAUGAUUCUCGUUGGAUGGCCCGCGUCGCCGCUUCUCGCCGUCGUUCUGCUUGCCCUAGCGGCGUGUGCGUGCGACGCGCAGUACCUCGGCCGGCGAGUCGGUAAGGUGACGUCAGAGAUGCGCGCCGCGCAGGUCACGGGCAGCAGGGGCGAUUAUAACACCACGGGCACCGUCGCUCUCGCUCUUUUCAAGUACGGUGAGACAUACAACAUUCGCUACUCUGUGCACGUCUGGCGGCUCGACCGCCCCGAGAUUCCCAAGAAAGCGACCGUGCAUUACGGCACGCGCUUCACCACCGGCCCUGUUCAGAUCGAGUUCCCCGACGACAAGUGGGUCAACAUGACCAGCAACUACCAGCGACCCAACCGCCCCAAGCUGUACACUUAUGUGAUUGCGGGCGUGUGGCACGACGUCACGAAGAUCAAGGCUGCCUCGGGGAAGUCUCUCGAGGCGACCAUGAAGGCGAUCAUCGCAGCGCCGAGGCAGUAUUAUGGGCUUGUGACGGCGGCGUCGCACCCGGGCGGUGCCAUUCGCGCCCAGCCGUCACUUCUGGCUGUUGUGCUGCUUGUCCUGACGGCGGGUGCGUGCGACGCGGAGUAUUUCGGCCGGCGUGUCGGCCGCGUGGCGACGACGAUGCGAGCCCUGCAGGUUGUGGGCAGCGCGGGCGACAUUAACUCCUCGGGCGCCGUCGGCCUGACGCUUUUCAAGCACGGCGAGAUCUACAACAUUCGCUACACCGUGCAUGUCUGGCAGGUCAGCAACCACGACCUCCCGACAAAGGCCACCGUGAAUCACGGCAUGCGCUUCACCAACGGCCCUGCCGUGAUCGAGUUCACCGGCGAAUGGCGGAACAUGACCAGCAACUACCAGCGCCCUAAGCACCCCAAGAUGUACACCUAUGUGAUUGCGGGCGUGUGGCGGGACGCUGCUACCCUCGAGGGUGUGAAUGGAGAGUCUCUCGUGGUCACAAUGAAGGCUAUUCUGGCUCACCCGCGCCAGUUCUAUGGGCUCGUGACCACCCCCUCGCACCCGGAGGGUGCCGUUCGCGGCCAGAUUUAUCGCACCCAGUAG